AUGGCCUCUUUAACCGCCUCCCAUGGCAGCCCUGCGCAGGCGCAUCUGCCUAAAAACGUUCAUCGUGGAGAAGCAGCAACAGAGUCCAGAGAGACCGGGACCGUCGCACCACAGAAGGAUGCACCAAGAGCGAAACCUCUCGCACAUUUCAUCGCAGGAGGAAUCGGUGGAAUGACCGCUGCCACCCUGACGAGUCCCCUCGACGUCCUCAAGACCAGAUUACAAUCCGAUUUUUAUCAGACUCAACUUCAAGCUCUGCGCGCUUCGCAUCCCGUCCGCCCAGCUCCGUUCUUCAUUUCCCUCCCACGCAGCGCACUUGUUCAUUUUAAAGAAACAUUCCAGAUUCUCCAUUCUAUAUAUUCGCAUGAAGGACCUCGCGCUUUGUUCAAAGGUCUCGGACCAAACCUCAUCGGUGUCGUACCUGCACGCGCUAUCAACUUCUACGUCUAUGGAAACGGAAAACGGAUUCUCAGUAAUUACUUUGGUUAUCACGACUCAAUGACUACUCCAUGGAACAUUCAUCUCGCAGCUGCUGCUAUUGCUGGAAUAGCCACUGGAACCGCAACAAACCCCAUCUGGCUCAUCAAGACUCGAUUACAAUUAGACAAGUCGAAUGCGGAAAGCGGCAAAGGUGGAAGGCAAUAUAAGAACAGUUGGGACUGCAUCAAGCAGACAGUCAGACAUGAGGGGAUUCGCGGUUUAUAUAAGGGACUGUCUGCGUCAUAUCUUGGUGUUACCGAGAGCGCGACGCAGUGGGUUCUUUAUGAACAAAUGAAGAUGUUCCUGGCUCGUCGUGAGGCCGCCAAAGCCGCUGACCCGAACCAUGUUCCUUCCACCUGGGACGACGUUGAGACCUGGGGUGGUCGUCUCGUAGCUGCGGGUGCAGCGAAAUUGUUCGCAGCGGUUGUUACAUACCCUCAUGAGGUUGUGCGGACGCGGUUGCGACAAGCUCCUGUUGUGCCGGUGGCAGGGGGUAAGAUGCAGGUCAAAUACACUGGUCUAAUUCAGUGUUUCAAGGUUGUCGCCAAGGAGGAGGGAUUGGCUGGUCUUUAUGGUGGCUUGACACCGCACUUGUUACGUGUGGUGCCGUCGGCAGCCAUCAUGUUUGGAAUGUACGAGGUCAUCCUUCGUCUUUUCGGAACCACUUCUUAG